CCAAAUUUGGACUUCGUGACCUAGACGAUGAUAUUUGCGAAAUGUUCAAAAAACGUAUUUUUGAUGUUGCUGGGACAUUGAGAGGAGUAAAGGUCUACUGCAACGGUAAUCUCGUGGAGGUACCAUCGUUCCAAGACUACGUCAAACUAUACAGCACCGAUGAGAAUGCUAAUGAUGUUCUUUUUGUAAAUGCUAAUAGGCGAUGGCAGUGGGCGAUUAAGAAGUCUACAACAGGCUUUCAGCAGAUAUCUUUUGUCAACAAUAUUGCUACCACUGGUGGCGGAAAGCAUGUGGACUACAUUGUUGACCAGUUGGUGAACAUCGUAAAGCCAUUGGUGGAUUCCCAUCUCAAGACUGGCAUCAAACGGGUUGCGAUCAAGCAUCAGCUAUGCGUCUUCGUGAACGCUCUCAUCGAAAAUCCAGCAUUC